GUGCCAGAUAUAUUACUUAAGAUCCCUCUUGGCUCUGGACAGGACGUCUAUCAGCACAAUGCCAGGCAAACCUGCCCCCAUCAAGAAGUCCCCGGCCAAGAAGGCUGCCAAGAAGGCGCCUGAGGCGUCUCCCGUAGAAGCUCCACCUGUGGAAGCUGCACCUGCGGAUGCUCCGCCUGCGGAAUCUGCACCUGCGGAUGCUCCGCCCGCGGAAGCUGCACCUGCGGAUGCUCUACCUGCAGAAACUGCCCCUGUGGAAGCAGCCCCAGCUGCCGAGGGACUAGUGGACGGCCCCACUGCUGAAGGAGUCACCCCAGCUGUUCCAGCAGAAGCUGCUGUAGUUGAAGAGCCGCCCAAGGCUCCCACACCUCCACCUCCUGCAGUCCCCACCAGCGCUCCUCUGGACGUUUCUGUGGAUGACGUGAACGACUCCAGCCUCACCAUUAAAUGGAACGCGCCACACACCGUCGGAGACUCCGGAUUGGACGGAUACCUCGUUGAGUACUGCAAGGACGGAACAACAGACUGGGUUGUUGCUCAAGAGGAACUGAGCCCGACCAACGUCUACUGCAUCAAGAACCUCUCCUGCUGUGACGUGCUGCACGUACGCGUGGUGGCUGUGAACCGCGGUGGCCGCAGUGAACCCGGUUCCCUUGCUGAGCCUGUGCUCAUCCGGGAGGUCGCGGAGCGUCCAAAGAUUCGCGUCCCCCGCAUUCUCAAAUCCUGCUUAGUCAAGCAGGUCGGAGAGCAGAUCAAUCUGGUCAUCCCUUUUCUCGGAAAGCCCAAACCUGUGGUGUCCUGGCUGAAGGACGGUCAGCCUGUGGAUACAAGGGUGAAUAUAAGGAACAGUCACAAGGACAGCAUCAUGUUUAUCCGCAGUGCUCAAAGGGAGGACUCUGGUACUUAUGAAAUUACAGUUAAAGUGGACAGCUUUGAGGACAAAGCCACCGUCGCCCUUCAAAUUGUGGACCGGCCUGGCAGUCCUGCCAACGUGAAGCUGGUGGACACCUGGGGUUUCAACGCUGCUCUUGAAUGGAGCCCUCCCAAGGACAACGGCAACACAGAGAUCACUGGAUACACCAUCCAGAAGGCCGACAGAAAGACCGGGGUGUGGUUCUCGGUGCUGGAGAACUACCACCGGCUAACGGCCACCAUCACAGAUCUCAUCAUGGGAAACUCGUACUCCUUCAGGGUUUUCGCUGAAAAUCAAGUGGGAGUCAGUGAGACGAGCGCUGUCACCAAGGGGGUGGCCACCAUCCAGAAGACGGGAAUUGUUUACAAGGCUCCAGAGUACCCGGAGCGGGACUACAGCGAGGCACCAAGGUUCACAACACCCCUCACUGACCGCGCUGCCACUGUGGGAUAUACCACCAAGCUGCUGUGCUCUGUCCGUGGAUGCCCCAUGCCUAAGAUCGAGUGGUUGAAGAAUAAAGUGAUCAUCGGAGACGACCCCAAGUAUCGCCAGAACUCUACCCAGGGUAUCUGCUCCCUCGAGAUCCGUAAACCCUGCUGCUUCGAUGGCGGUGUGUACACCUGCAGAGCCAAGAACGAGCAGGGAGAGGCUGCAGUCUCCUGCAAGCUGCAAGUCAAACAGGUUAUUCUUCCGGUGGCUGACAAGGAGAAGGGAAAAUAAACCAUCCCUCACCUCCAAAGAGUGUUAGGUGAAUAAGUGAGAUUCUGUGCAAUGGGGUUUGCUUAAAGAAGAAAAUGGAAAGAGCUACAAACCAACAUCUCCGUAUCUACUUCCAUCCCAACUCCCACUCCUCUUAGAAUGCCCGGAAGACCCAAGCAGCCCUACACGUCCCAGUCAUAUGUUGUUUCAUUUGGUGACAUGCAUGUCAGGAUAUAUAAAUAUAUAUAUGUAUAUAUAUAUAUAUAUAUAUAUAUAUAAAUAUAAUAUAAAAACAAGUCUGGCGUUGCCCAUAUAAAUAUUUACAUAUGUACCACACAAUAAAACAUUGAAACAUUGGACAUGC